CGUCGAUUUCCACAACAUCGGAUUGAGAUGUCUGCUUUAACAUCGGUGUCACUCAGCGGGACUUUUCUGUCCUUCUGGGUCCUCGUGUCUUCCUCUUACGUCCAAGUAAAUAAAACAGCUGAACCAGGAGACACUGUCACUCUGCCAUGCCGAGCUCCCAGCAGCACAAACAUCAUAGUUGUAGAGUGGUCCAGACCUGAACUGGAGACAGAAUAUGUCUUCAUGUUCCGGGACGGGCGUUCUGUUCCUGAACACCAGCAUCCAUCUUUUCAGAACCGGGUGGACCUGAACGACAGACAGAUGAAGGACGGUGACGUGUCCAUAAAACUGAAGAAUGUGACGAGUAAUGACACAGGAACAUACGAGUGUCGAGUCUUCCAGAGAAGAACAAACCACAGGAAGAGAGCAAAUUUAAAGACUGAGCGCAUCAGCACCAUCUACCUGGAUGUUCAUCAGUCAGGUCACACAGCUGGACACGACGAGGGUGGAGGAAACAAGGAUGGAGGAGAAACGGGUGGAAACAGCAGGGAACGUUUUGGACUGGUCGCUGGUUUUUCAGUUUUUGUGGCUGUUGGUUUUGUUGGUUUUAUUUCUUGGAUUGUCGUGAAACAUAAAAGACGCAUGAAGAAAAAUGCCCACCAAGCUCCACCUGCUGAACUAGCAGGUGACGGCUGGUGUGAAACGUAAGAUGACUCUAUUUAUAUACGUAUAUAAAUAUAUAUAUAUGUAUUAACCUAUAUAUAUAUUUAUAUAUUAUUCAUCCCCCUCUGUGAGUUGCCACCUUAUCGUGGUGGAGGGGUUUGUGAGCUCAGAGGAUCCUGGGAGCUGUGUUGUCUGGAGCAUUCAGCUCCUGGUAGGGUCUCCCACGGCAAACUGGUCCCAGGUGAUGAGCCAGACAAAGAGCAAUUCAAAUAAUCAUGUGCAGCUCACUGUGGCUGCUCCUGUUUGUGCGAAUCAUCCCUGCAGUAUUUCAAACGCUCGGUGAACACAUUGCACUUCCUGUAGCAGCUCAAAAUAAAAGCCUCCUGCCGCUUCACAGGUGGAAACUUUCAGUGUGAAGCAGCAGGAAUUAUUGCAGUGAGUGAGCAGAGCUACAACACAGCUCUGAUGCAGCUGCAGGAAGACGAGAGUGAACAGGAAAAUGAAGCUGAGGACUGAAAGUACAAACAGGAACACAGCACUGAGUUUAGAUGAACUCAUCUCAUUAAACAUCUGCACAAUGAGACACACACAGAUGUAAAAUGACAUGAUGUUUUUUGUUUAUAAUAAACGUUAUCAUCAUUGUACACGGUAAACAAUACAGAUGUACAUGUUACUGUAGCUUUUUCCAUUGGGACGUUUUUGUCAAAGAAUAAAAUAAACAGUUUUUAUUAA